AAAACCCCCUUGGUUUGUGCUGAUCGCCGCAUUCAAACCAAACAAUCAACAGCCAAGAUGAGUCUCACUUCUAAGGACAAGGACACAGUCAAAGCUUUCUGGGGUAAAAUCUCCAGCAAGGCAGAUGACGUUGGCGCUGAUGCUCUGUCCAGGAUGCUGGUGGUCUACCCCCAGACCAAGACUUACUUCUCCCACUGGAAGGACCUGAGCCCCGGCUCUGCCCCGGUGAAGAAGCACGGAAAGACCGUCAUGGGUGGAGUUGCUGCUGCUGUGGGCAAAAUCGAUGAUCUGACAGCCGGCCUCCUCACCCUCAGUGAGCUGCACGCCUUCACUCUGCGAGUGGAUCCUGCCAACUUCAAGAUUCUAUCCCACAACAUCCUUGUGGUCAUGGCUAUCAUGUUCCCCGCCGACUUCACCCCCGAGGUGCACGUGGCCGUCGACAAGUUCCUGGCUGCCUUGGCCCGCGCCCUGUCUGAGAAGUACAGAUAAACGGGAGCAGAAGCAGAUGAUGGACACCCUCAUGGGGUUUAAAGCACUCUGUCACUCUGAAUUUCAAUAAAAGAUCAAAUGCAGAGAAA